AACCAGUUAAGUGACAGAUAAACUGCAAAAAGACUUUGAGACAACAGAACAACCACGACACACAGGACAACACAAAUACCAAGAUAAUGCACAGAGAGACAAAGACUCCUUGACAGAAAACGUUAGAACUGAGGAUGCUGGAGAACGUCACAGGUGACGUGCAGAAUGACACCUUCUCCUGCCACCACCCCUCAGUGGAGGCCUACCGCUACUUCGGCGUGCUGUGGGGUUCGGUAGUUACCAUAGUUGGAACGGUGGGGAACAUGCUUACCAUUCUGGCCUUCGCCACGGACACCCGGCUGCGGACGCGUUUCAACGUGUUGAUUGUGAACCUGGCCCUGGCGGACCUGUUGUACUGCACCCUGCUGCAGCCCGUCUCCGUCGACUCCUACCUACACCUCCGCUGGAGGGGCGGACCUCUCUGGUGCAGCAUCUUCGGCCUCCUCCUCUUUCUCUCCAACUCUGUCUCUAUCAUCACCCUGUGUCUGAUCGCGGCCAGCCGUUACCUGCUGGUGACGAAGCGGGAUGUGUUUGAGCGGGUGUUUUCUGGUCGAGGCCUGGCUAUCCUCCUGCCCUCCACCUGGGCCCUGGGCCUGGCCAGCUUCGGCCCACUCUGGCCCGUUUAUGUAUUCGCCCCACAGGUGUGCACCUGCAGCUUCCACCGCACCAGGGGGCGCCCUUACACCACCGUGCUGCUAUUCUUCUACUUCUUUAUCGGCCUGGGCUGCGUGGGGAUUUUCUACCUGCUCAUUUACAGGCGAGUCAGGGUGGCGGCACAGGCACUGGUCCGCUACCGGUUUAGCCGACGCUCGUCACGAAAGAAGCCGAACUCAUCAGAACAAGGGACGGAGGGGGAUAGUGGAGUCGGGAGCGGGGUGGCCACCACCCAGAGCUGUGAAUUGAGCAGCCAGGCAGAACUAGCCCAAUACAAGGGUGUAGAGGUGAAGGUGCACCCUGGGAUAGCCCAGUCCUCCCAAUCCACCUGGGGCUCUGCUUUAACUUCGCAUUCAGCUCACCUAGCAGGGGGACAGGAGCUCCCCCCUGCCCUCAACCCUGUGCCCCGCUCAGCCACUCCUGCCCCCAUCACUGCCCCCUCCUCCUCCACCACCUCUUCAGGGGACAAUGUUGAGUUUAGACGUGUGACCCGGAUGUGUUUCAUUGUCUUCCUGUGUUUCGUGGGCUGUUUUGUCCCGUUCCUGCUGCUGAACAUUGCUGAUAAGCAGAACCGUGCACCUCAGGUGCUGCACAUGUUCUGUGCCAACCUCACCUGGCUCAACAGCUGUAUUAACCCUGUGCUCUACGCUGUCAUGAACCGCCAGUUCGGACAGGCCUACCGGGCCCUUCUGGUCAGGGCCGCCACACCCUUCACACACCUCUGGACACGGUGACCUAUACAUGUUGGUUGUUUAGCAGAUGCAGUUAUUCAGAUUGACUUUAGUCAGUGUAUUCAAUUAAGGUACAUAAGACAACCACACAUUGGUAAUUAUCACUCACUUUUCUCAGCCCACACUGGUAUUGAUGUAGCUACUUCCUCCUGUAUAACUUCCUCUACUCCUUCCUGAAUAUUACUUUUAUUGUCACCUAGCAAGGGAAAAAUAAGCUAUUCUGUGAUUUUUGGAAAGGGCUCAUUUAUUUUGGGCUAAGAUUAUGCUCGUUUGUUUUUCCAGUUACAAACACCAAUGUACACUUACUGUUAAGCCUUUGUCCACAUACAUGAAAUAGCUUUCAGAGCUUAAAGUUGACCUCUUUAAUGUGGCCAUAUAAUGUGGUCAAAACUCAUCAGGAAAUCUAUUUUAUUCCAGCAGGAAGCCAGAAGCCACCAACAGGGAGAUAGUUAUGCAAAGAACUAUAGCCUCCUUUACGUCUUGUGUUUAUUUAUUGUCUGUGCCAUUGUACCUUUGUCUGUUCAUUCACACUCCCCUACUGUACAUGUAUAUUUGGACAGUAAUGAUAAAUGUUUUAAUCUGGCUCUA